AUGUGGUACGACAAUGAACGGACCCCAGAGGAAGAGGGGGUGAGUAGGCUACUCGUUGGAAAAACGUUCGCCUACUUUCCCAAGCGCCCAGACGCUGCAAGUCGUCAUGUGCAGGAGGCAGGGCGAUACGGCGGGGUACACGCACAGGGCGAUGUAACCCCUGGGGGGAAUCCAAACACAGUGGACAACAUGGAAACCAUGGAGUAUAUGAACAGUGCAGGAAACGAGGGCAUCACGGAGACGAUAGAACACGUGCAGGAUUCGCACAAGGGGGAUGAUUCGAUGAAAGAGGUCCAUGGGGACAGCAUGCACAACAUUGAGGGAGUGGACAGCGUGUGUUUCAACCGUAAGGAGUACGUACUAAUUCAGCAAAGAUUGGGAAGGACGAUUAUCCCCUUAAACCCAGAGCUCCUGGCACAGUCCACACUGGAGCAAGAAGUGAUAGAUGGCUACCUAAGCGAGAUUCACAAAAGUGUUGGUAAGUGUUCAAUCCUAACAGAGUAUUCCUUUUUAAUGAAUGAAAUGCCAAGUGGAAUUUACUGCCUACCACAAGAAGAUAAUUUACUAGUGUGGGAUGUAUUUUUAAUUUUGUAUAGCACUGUUUAUAAGAAUGGAAAAUUUAAAGCACAAAUAAGAUUGGGAGAAAAUUACCCGCAUACAAUUCCUGAGGUAUAUUUUUUGUCCUCUGUUUUUCAUCCUUGUAUAAAUUCUCACACGGGAAAAUUAAAUUUGGGCAAGCAUUUAAAUGAAUGGACUCCAAAAAGUCAUUACAUGUCUUUAAUAUUUCUCUACAUGAGAAAUAUUUUUUAUUUACAAGAUGAAUAUAACAAGGAGUGCAUUGAAAAUGAGGAGGCUUAUUUUUUACUUAACAAUGAUCGGGAGUUGUUUCUUCAGAAGGUUCACGAGUGUGUGCACAUGUCCAAUGAGCAGUUGUACCAUCAGGUAGACAAUUACAUGCUCAACUUUGGCGCUGAGGUGGGUAGCCAGGAAAUCUCCAACAUGAUGAAGCAGGUGAAGGACGACCCUCUGUGCAGCAGAAAAGUAGAGGCGUUCAUACACUGGCUCAUCAACGACUACACGGGGGAGCCUACCGAGGAGGUGAUCAGUCAAAACCCGCAAAGUGAAGAGAUACUCAGUGAGGGAGUGGCCAGUGAGGGAGUGGCCAGUGAGGGAGUGGCUAGUGAGGGAGUGACCAGUGAGGAAGUUGCCGGCGAGGAAGUUACCACGGAGGACGUGACCCCCCACUAUGACAACGACAAGCGCGAAACCGAGAAUGACGAUGCAACGUCGGUGGACGCUACCACCGUUCAGCACCUACGGAGGGACAGAAGGAAGAGGUAA